UGGGCUGUGUUUGCAAGGCUGUAUUGGUGCGAACACGCAGAAAAAAAUAAAAUGACAGUUUUCGCAUGAAAAUUCAAUUUUCGAAAUUUUUUAUCUCCGUGCACAGUUGCCGACGAACCCAGUGACGUCACAAAGUUUGUUUUUCUUUAAAGUUUAGUGGCAGACGGGCGAUAAUGGGUUGGUUUUGAGGAAUCGGUAACGAUAUCCUGUCCCAUCCUGACUAAAAUAGACAAUAAUCGUAAUUGAAGCAUCACCCACUCAUCGUUGUCGGCUAUGCCUGACCGUCGUCUCCGACUCGGCCCGAACCAAUCUACGAGACAUAUUCCGCGACAACAACGGGGACCACUUAGGGUGCAAAGUGCACAGAAUACGCAACGAGGCAGGACUCAGCACGGCUUGCACCAACUGCGUCAAGACGGUUCACCUUAUUGACGAGUUCCGGAACCUGUGCCAAUACAAUAGCAAUUUUGAGCGGACGGCGUUUGGUAGAGUGACCGAAUUUCGUCUGGCACGAUGGGCUACUCGUGUUGUUAUGGAGUUGAUGAAGUUGCUGGAACCGCAGCAGGAGGAGGAUGUUUGCGGUGGAAGUGGUUACUUGCUGGAGACGGUGUUUGUGAAGGGUCAACAAGGACCGGCCGAGUUUGGGUUCGAGUGCGAGGACGUGGAGGAGAUGGUGACCAUUAAGCAGGAGGUUGUUGGCAGCAAUGAUGAGGAUGAGGUUGAAGAAGGCAUGGAGCAGGUGGUUGGAAGCGACGAUGAUAGUGCUCCGCGACGGAAAAAACCCGAGUCAACUGGGAGGUGGAUCCGCUUACGCUGGCCAAAUCAAUUCCGGUGCGGUGGAAUGCAAAGCAGGAAAGUCACUGGCAGUCGUACCAGGAAGAUCGUACUUGGACUCACUGGCCGCAGAAACGGAACUGGUGCAGCUUGAACGACAUGUUCCACCGGAAACGCUGGUGUUCUGAAGCGUCGGACGUUUAACUCUACCAGCCACUGGAAGUGCUUCAAAAACAAUUACAACACCCGGCGAAGGCUUCUCCAAACCGGGGAAACCAAACCGAACCAACAAUGUCUGCAAGACCCGUUUUUCCUACUUCUGGUGAAAAUGUGGAUCAAAAAUGCCCGACCAGCCUAGCCCAGACAACCGGUUCCAAUCCGCAUCAGCCCCGAAGAAGUGGAACGCUUCCCGCCAACAAUCGCAUGCAGCUCACCCAACUGAUCUACGACCGGGAAGUCAUCUGGAACCGGUCCCAUCCGGACCACUCCGUUCUGCUCAAACGGGACGAAGCGUGCGAUGAGGUGGCCCGCGAGCUGGGCAUGCUGGGCUGGGCGACCGACCGGAAAGUAUAGGCCUGACGUUCGG